CCCUCGACGCCGCUCGGCCCCUCGACGCCGCACGGCCCCCUCGACGCCCGCUCGACCCCCUCAACGCCGCCCGACAUCCCUUGAUACCGCUCGCCGCCCUCAACACCGAAGAAACUCGCCUCCUCCAACUUCAAUCGCAGGUUCCAAGUGCAAAGGUGUCCCAAGAAGAGUCCAUUUCUAGUUUAGAUCAGAUGGAGAGGUUUUUAGCAGCAGGCAGUAUCGAUGAGCUGAAUGACUUGAUCGAAAGAGAUGGGCUCAUCCUCGAGAAGAUGGCUCUCAAAGGGGCCGGUUACACGCCGCUGCACGUCGCUUGUCUGGCCAGCCGUUUGGAUUUAGUCCGAGUGCUCCUGAAGUGGAGGCCAAAGUUUGCGGAAAAAGUGAACGCGGAUGGUUUCAGUCCGCUGCACAUUGCAGCAGCUAAAGGUGAUGUGGAGAUCGCGAGGGAGCUCUUGGGAGUGUAUCCACACCUGUGCUCGGUGAAGGGAGUGGAGCGGAGAAUCCCUUUAUAUUAUGCCAUCGUACACGGUGAGCUUGAUGUCAUGAAGGAACUGCUCUUGGCUUCCCCUGAGUCCGUCCAAGAGACAACCGCCCAAGAGGAGACGGUUCUUCACCUCGCUGUGAAGUACAAUCGGGUUGAUGCUGUCCAUGUGUUGGUGGAGCAUAUGAAGGAUUAUAACUGCGCGUCUGUCAUCGAUCAGAAGGACAAUGAAGGCAACACUGCAUUGCAUCUUGCUGUCGCCGCCCAAAAUUUCGAGGUGGUCAACUUCAUGCUUCACCAGCCACAUGUGGUCGUGGACGUGAAUGCCUGUGACAAGAAUGGUAGGACGCCUCUUGAUCUCUCGCGAAGGGAAGUGAUCAGAAGCAUUCUAACAAGAGCGGGAGCCAGACAUGGAACCUUGAACAGAAGAAGAUAUUCUGAGGGCGACAUACGCGACACCCUGAUCGUCGCCGCACUCAUUGCGAGUAUAACCUACCAAACUCUGCGAUAUCUUUUUUUCCAACAAUGGGAUGGUGAAGAAUGGAUAUGAGAAAGAAACGUUCAUUUUGAGUCUCAUUUUGAGUCUCCUUUCUUUUUAAUUGUAUUUUUUUUUUUUUUUUGCAAAAAUAGAAAAUUAACUUCUCAUUAUCUUUUUUCCGACAAUGGGAUGGUGAGGAAUGGAUGUGAGAAUGUCCCCUUUGUGUAGCUCUUUGGUUCUAUAGUUAUAAUAUUCUUACCUCUUACCCAAAAAAAAAAAGAA